GCGCCGAGGAGGAGCGGGAGCCGGCCCUGCCAGCGUCGGGUUCCCGGCCUCACUAUGUCGCGAGGCUCCAUUGAGAUUCCCCUCCGGGACACUGAUGAGGUCAUUGAACUUGACUUCGAUCAGUUACCGGAGGGGGAUGAAGUUAUCAGUAUUCUGAAACAGGAACAUACUCAGUUGCACAUAUGGAUCGCUUUAGCAUUGGAAUAUUACAAGCAAGGAAAAACAGAAGAUUUUGUGAAGUUGUUGGAAGCAGCUCGAAUAGAUGGAAACCUGGAUUAUAGGGACCAUGAAAAAGACCAGAUGACUUGCUUAGAUACAUUGGCAGCCUACUAUGUCCAGCAGGCCAGGAAGGAAAAAAACAAGGACAACAAGAAGGAGCUCAUUACCCAGGCAACCUUGUUGUAUACGAUGGCUGACAAAAUUAUCAUGUAUGAUCAGAACCAUUUAUUGGGAAGAGCCUGCUUCUGUCUGUUGGAAGGUGACAAAAUGGACCAGGCUGAUGCACAGUUUCAUUUUGUACUCAACCAGUCUCCAAAUAAUAUACCAGCCCUUCUUGGUAAAGCUUGUAUUUCAUUCAAUAAGAAAGAUUACAGAGGAGCCCUUGCAUAUUAUAAAAAAGCACUGCGCACCAACCCAGGCUGUCCAGCUGAAGUCCGCCUAGGAAUGGGACAUUGCUUUGUAAAACUGAACAAACUGGAGAAAGCUCGUCUGGCUUUCAGCAGAGCCCUAGAGCUCAACUCCAAGUGUGUGGGAGCAUUAGUUGGAUUGGCUGUUCUGGAACUCAAUAAUAAAGAGGCUGACUCUAUCAAGAAUGGCGUCCAGCUUCUUUCCCGAGCUUAUACGAUUGAUCCUAGCAAUCCUAUGGUACUGAACCACUUGGCAAAUCACUUUUUCUUCAAAAAGGAUUAUAGCAAAGUCCAGCACUUGGCUCUCCAUGCUUUCCAUAACACAGAAGUGGAAGCCAUGCAGGCAGAAAGCUGUUAUCAGCUGGCUAGGUCCUUUCAUGUUCAGGAAGACUAUGAUCAGGCUUUCCAGUACUAUUAUCAGGCCACCCAGUUUGCCUCAUCCUCUUUUGUACUGCCCUUUUUUGGUUUGGGCCAGAUGUAUAUUUACCGAGGUGACAAAGAGAACGCGUCUCAAUGCUUUGAGAAAGUUUUGAAAGCCUAUCCCAACAAUUAUGAAACAAUGAAAAUUCUUGGCUCUCUCUAUGCUGCUUCAGAAGAUCAAGACAAACGAGACAUUGCCAAGGGCCACUUGAAGAAGGUCACAGAGCAGUAUCCAGAUGAUGUUGAGGCCUGGAUCGAACUGGCACAAAUCCUAGAGCAGACUGACAUACAGGGUGCCCUGUCAGCAUACGGAACAGCAACACGUAUCCUUCAGGAAAAAGUACAGGCUGAUGUCCCACCAGAGAUUCUGAAUAACGUGGGUGCCCUCCAUUUUAGGCUUGGAAACUUAGGGGAGGCAAAGAAAUAUUUUUUGGCAUCUUUGGAUCGUGCUAAGGCAGAAGCUGAGCAUGACGAACAUUACUAUAAUGCCAUCUCAGUUACAACAUCGUACAAUCUGGCCAGGCUUUAUGAGGCAAUGUGUGAAUUCCAUGAAGCAGAAAAGCUGUACAAAAAUAUAUUACGAGAACAUCCUAAUUACGUUGACUGCUAUUUACGCUUAGGAGCAAUGGCUAGAGAUAAAGGAAACUUUUAUGAAGCUUCAGAUUGGUUUAAAGAAGCUCUUCAGAUCAAUCAGGAUCAUCCAGAUGCUUGGUCUCUGAUUGGCAAUCUUCAUUUGGCCAAGCAAGAGUGGGGUCCAGGUCAGAAGAAAUUUGAAAGAAUAUUAAAGCAACCAUCCACUCAAAAUGACACAUAUUCUAUGCUGGCCCUUGGCAAUGUUUGGCUGCAAACUUUGCAUCAACCCACCAGAGACCGAGAGAAGGAAAAGCGGCAUCAGGAUCGUGCACUAGCCAUCUACAAGCAAGUCCUCAGAAAUGAUCCUAAGAACCUCUAUGCUGCCAAUGGCAUAGGUGCUGUGCUAGCCCACAAAGGAUAUUUCCGUGAGGCUCGUGAUGUAUUUGCCCAAGUAAGAGAGGCAACCGCAGAUAUCAGUGAUGUGUGGCUAAACUUAGCACACAUCUAUGUGGAGCAGAAGCAAUAUAUCAGUGCUGUUCAGAUGUAUGAAAACUGCCUCCGCAAGUUCUACAAACAUCAGAACACAGAGGUGGUGCUGUAUUUGGCCCGUGCCCUCUUCAAGUGUGGCAAGCUGCAGGAGUGCAAGCAGACUUUGCUCAAGGCUAGACAUGUCGCACCCAGUGAUACAGUUCUCAUGUUCAAUGUGGCUCUGGUACUGCAGAGGCUAGCUACAUCUGUUCUUAAGGAUGAGAAGAGUAACCUCAAGGAGGUACUUAAUGCAGUUAAAGAACUGGAACUUGCCCACAGGUAUUUUAGUUAUUUGAGUAAAGUAGGAGACAAAAUGAGAUUUGACUUGGCCCUCGCUGCUACAGAAGCCAGGCAGUGCUCUGAUUUGCUGAGCCAGGCUCAGUACCAUGUGGCCCGUGCACGCAAACAGGAUGAAGAGGAGAGGGAGCUCCGGGCCAAGCAGGAGCAGGAGAAAGAAUUGUUACGGCAGAAACUGCUGAAGGAACAGGAAGAGAAGCGUCUUCGAGAGAAAGAAGAGCAGAAGAAACUCCUGGAGCAGCGUGCACAGUAUGUAGAGAAGACCAAGAACAUCCUCAUGUUCACGGGAGAAGCCGAAGGAACGAAGGAGAAGAAGAGAGGCGGGGGCGGCGGAGGCGGGGGCAGGCGUUCUAAGAAGGGAGGUGAGUUUGAUGAAUUUGUCAAUGAUGACACUGAUGAAGACAUGCCUGUGUCCAAAAAGAAGAAGAAAAGGAAAGGCAGUGGAAGUGAACAAGAAGGGGAGGAGGAGGAGGGUGAGAGGAAGAAGAAAAAGCGGAGGAGACCACCAAAGGGAGAUGAUGGCUCUGAUGAGGAAGAAGCUGAAAAUGGCCCCAGGCCGAAAAAGCGUCGCCCACUUAAAGCAGAAAAGAAGAAGGCUCCUAAGCCAGAACGGUUGCCUCCUUCAAUGAAGGGAAAAAUAAAAUCAAAAGCCAUAAUCUCAUCAAGCGAUGAUUCUUCAGAUGAAGAUAAACUUAAAAUUGCUGAUGAGGGACAUGCCAGGAACAGCAAUAGUGAUUCAGAUGAUGGUGAUCUACGCAAGAAACGUGUGAUGUCGGAGAGUGAUUCUGACGAGAACCCAAAUCAUUCUGGGAGUGAAGCGGGCAGCCCCCGGAGAUCCAGCGUGCAACAGUCAGAGGAGGAUUCUGACAGUGACCGGUCAGCUCCAAAGAGAAGACGCUCAGUGUCUGAACAGUCUGACAAUGAGUCUGUCCAAUCAGGACGGAGCCACUCUGCAGGUUCUGACAAUGAGUCCCGGCCAGCUUCACCAAGUGCUGAUUCAGACCGGGAGUCAGAGAGAGCCUCUGAUAAUGAGGCUUCUGCAAGGGGCUCUGGGAAUGACUCGGAACCAGAGGCUUCCAACAAUGAGGCCUCAGAACGGGGUUCUGAUGAUAGCGAUUAGAUUGUAGUUUGUAAAUAAGCUAAAUUUCUGGAAGGGAACCUUUUUUUUAAUAUAUGAAAGCUGUGAAAUGCUUGAAAUGUUUAGUAAAACUUGUGAAAUUUUUCUGAAGGCAAUUUUUUUCUAUCAAAUUAUAUAUUACUAAGCCCUGAGAGACAUUUUCUUGUGCCAGAGACCAAUAUUUGAGUUUCUUGUGCAAAUGACGUCUGCUCUCCAAUGUGGAACAGAGCCACCUGUCAUAUGUGAAAAUUACACUUAAAAAUAAAACCAGACAUUUAGUCUUUCCUGGAGUAGUUUGGCUGCAAUUUUGGCCUACAUCCUAGGUCUUCUAUGUGUUUAGCUGCAUUAGAUAAAUGAUUUUUUUUAAUAAAAGGUGCAAGGAAAUAUCUAUUUCCUUUAUUACCUUUUCAUUAAUAUCUUUGUCUUUCUUGGGAAGUAGGUUUACUUUACUUUCCAGUUAGACACAUAAUUUGUAAUUACACCAAAAUGCAAGAAAAAGAAGCAGGGUUUUUUUCCAAAAAAAAACAAUCCUGCAGAGAAGUCAGUUACAGGCAUGGCAUAUAAUUCCUCAGGAGAAAAAAUGUGUGAAAAGACCCCUUGUUAGUCAAAUAUAAAGCUCUGCCUAAGCAAACUGUUUAAUAAAAUUCUGUUGUUACAAGCUUUUGUGGAUAACCUCAUUUGCUUUGUUACUGAAGUGGGAAUCAGAAUGCCCUGCCUGUAGGGUUGAUUAAUCAGCUGAGCAGGGAAGGUGUGGCUAGACAAUAGUUUAUGUGAAAAAUAUCUAGCAGGAGGCUGCAAAUUCAAUGUGAGUCAGAAGUUAUGGCAGCCAAAAAGCUGAGUCCAUAUUUAGCUGCAUUAAGAGUGAGGAGUGAGGUGGCCAUCCUCCUGCACUCUGCCCUGACCAGACCACAUCUAGGGUUUUGUGUUUGGUUCUGGGAAGGUCAUUGAUUAGCUAGAGGUCAGCCAGAAUUGGUGAAAACUUAGAGGUCAUGCUUAGCCUGGAGAAGAGAAGAAUUGGAGGAGACAUAAAAGAUCUUCAAGUAUUUGUCAUGGAAGAUGGACUGAAAUUGUGUUGUGUAGACCCAGAGGACAGAGCUAGAAGUAACUGGAAAAGUUGUAGAGGGGCAGAGUUGAGCUCAGGCUGGGAAAAGCUUCUGGAUGAUUAGAGCCAUCUGUGAAUGGAAUGGAUUUUCCUUGGAAGUAGUAACACCCUCUCCCCUUCCCCCCACCUUGAAGUUUUCAGUAAAAUUUAGGCUGGCUAGGAUAACCACUCAGGGAAUUCUUAGAGGGCAUUCUCAGCCAGAUAACGGGGUUAGACAUGAUGGUGUCUGGGGCGCCUUCCUGCUCUUGAGCUUUAUCUUCGGUAAAAGGAAGAGAUUGAUCUUGACCUCCAAGGGCCUUUCCAGCUCUAGAUCUAUGUAUAGUAUGAUCAAUAGAGGACCAGUCUUGGAGUUAAGAAAACCUGUAUUUAGGUUCUGUCUCUAACACAAGUUGUGUGACCAUGGAUUUGUUAUUCACCGUCCCAACUCAAUUAAGACCAAGGGUUGCAUGAAUUUCAUAUGCUCAGGGAGAAUUUUCCAUGCUGAUGAAAUCAUAGGUCACGGCUGACAAAUAUGUAUAUAUAUAUGUAUGUGUGGCCAUGUAGAUAUACAUAAGUAUACUACAUAGAUAUAUACAUAGCACAGAUGUUUGGGUACUAUGUAAAGUUGCUAUGUACAUAUCAACAUAUAUAUGUUGCUACAGCAAUGUAGCCACAACUCUGUAUGUAUUAUGUGUGUAUGUAUGUGUGAGUUGAUACUUAAAUCUACCCAGAUUCAGCCCCAAUCCCUUCCCCAGAACUGCAGUCCUGUAUUUCCAAAUGCCUGUUGGGUAGCUGCACUGGGGAUUCCCUUGGAAUUCAACAUGAACCCAAGUGACUAAAUGAAUCAUUUCCCCCCUCAGACCUCCCUUCUCAUGUUCAGAAAACUUCCCUGUUUCACUUGAUGGCACUACUAUACUUCCAUGUUACCCAGCCUCAAAACCAAUGAUUUUCUCUAUCCCACCCCACCCCUCUAUGUCCCUAAACUCCAAACACCCUUUACAUCCAGUCAUCCUCUGGAAUCUUAGCAUUGAUUAGAGUUCUAAAAACCUCUACAUUGUUUUUCUUGAUAAUGUUGCAUUGAAUAAAAUUGUUCUGGUUCUCA